GUGCAAUUUCAGUUCAGCGCUAAAGCGCAACUGGGCAGCCGACCCGAAGGGAAACUGCAGUUCGACGCUCUUGGCACCUUGCUUGCAUGUAGCCUUGCAAGAAUGUCGCCAAGGGACAGCGAGGGGCCUGCUUGCGGGCUCUGUUAUACGCCAGUGGACGUCAGCGGCGAUUAUUACAGGGAUCUUACUUGUACCUUUCCAGCAUGCCCCGGCCGCGAAUACCAUGAGGACUGCAUUGAAGCCUACCUUAAGAGACCGCAGCCCAAACGCGUUUUGCAUGGUGGCGAGCAAAAGACUGGUUACGAAUGCCCGGCCACUCUCAGUAACGGCAGCAGAUGCAGCGGUCGCAUUAAAAAGACCACGGUCCACGUGCCCUUCAACACCAAAAAGAGAGAGCAGGCCAAGCAGACGGCGGUGGCAGCAGCUAACAUUGCCGGCGCCGCCGCCGCAGGCGCCAGAAAGCAGCCGGCGCCGCAACACAAAGCGCCUCAGCAGCCGGUGCCGCAAGCAGCCGCUCCCACGGCCCGCCGUGUGCAGCCCCGUGUGACAGCGGCAGUCGCGGGCACGGGCGCAGCCACAGGCGCAGCCGCCGUCGCCGUGAUGCGCGCACCAGCUGCGGCGCUGCCCACACCUGCGGAGCGCAUGCGAGGUGUCGACGCGGGUGCUGCCGCCGCGGACGGCGCCGCGCGCUGGAUCCCGGGGCUAGACCCCGAGCCCAGCGGCGGCGCCAAGACGCGCCGGCGGCGCGGCAAGGGCGCUGCCGCCGCAGCCGCUGCUGCCGCAGCCGACGACGCCGCGGCGUCGGUGGACGGGGCCGGCAGCGACGACGCCUCCUCCGCGGCGGGCGGGGCGGCGGCGGCGGCGGCGCCACUGGCGUUUGACGACGUGAAUGACCCCGUGGUGAUGGUAGACCCGGUGUGGGAGGACGAGGGCGGCGGCGGCUACCUGGUGCUGGUACACGACGACGAUGGAGGCGAGGGCGGCGGCGCCGUGUACGUGUUCGCGACGGAGGUGUACGGCCCCAACCCAGAGAUUGUGUGCUGCGACGACGGCACGGGAAACUGGAUACAGGGUGUGGCGGUGCGGCGCUCGCGGCACGAGGCGCAGCAGGUGGUGGCGGCGGCGGCGGCGCUGCGGCAGAGGGAGGCGCAGCGGCGUGAGGAGAUGAUAGCACAGGCGCAGGCGGCCGCGGCGGCCACCACCGCAGCCGAGGCGGAGGAGGAGGCCGUGGAGGCGCUAGCCGCGGGGGCAGCGGCCGCGAUGGCAGCGGCGGCGGCCGCAGGGGUGGAUGGGGCUGGUGCCGGAGCCGGAGCAGCAGAGGGUGCGGGCGAGGGGGUGAGAGGGCAGCGCGCGGUGGAGCCGGAGGCGCAGGCGCAUGUGGGCGAUGUCGAGGACGCGCAAGAGGCGCAACCGGUGGAGCCAGAGGUGAUGGAGCCAGAGGUGGUGGAGCCAGAGGUGGUGGGGGAGGAGGGCGACGCGGCUGGUGCGGUAGUGGCCGCGGGCGACGGGCAGCAAGAGCAGCCGGUUGGAGGCGGUGGUACAACAGGAGGUGGGGCAGGAGGUGGGGAGGGGGAAGCCGACGAGGGGGCGGGCGCCGAGGCGGGGGGCGCGGGGGCCGAGGAGGAGGAGGAGGACGACUCGGACCUUGAGGACCUGUUGGCGCUGUGCCUGGGCGGCGGCUAGGCCUGCAGGCAGAGGAGGUGGAGGUGGAGGCGGGGGUGGAGGUGCGCUGCGCCGCGUGCCGUAGGCGGGCGGGUGUGUGGUACGCAGGCGCCUGCGCACUGCUCGGGUGGGCGCGGGCGGCCUGGGCGCCUUGAGGCGGGCGGCGGUGCGCCCGGCUGGCUCAUCACACGUGCGGACCUACAGUACGGCGGGCGUGUGCGCGGGCACGACCUCCACCUGUAACGUAAAAGGCCU